AUGUUGAAGUUCAAUCCAUGCAGCAACAGAACCCUAAUCUAUCUCAGAUCCUUAACUUCCCCACAACCAUCACCAUUCUCCCUGCAUUUCUCCACCAACACUUCCGAUUCAACCCCAUUCGAAGUUUCCUACCUCAUCCACAAUUUCGAUUUCUACCCACAAUCUGCUUCCAAACUCUGCUCCACCUACCGUCUCGGUUUCAAAACCACCCAAAACCCUGACUCCGUUCUCAACUUCUUCAGAAACCACAAUUUCUCUAAUUCCCAAUUACGCAACAUGAUUGCCAAGGCACCGUGGCUACUUUCCUGCAACCUCUCCAAAAGGUUAUCGCCAAAGUUUGAAUUUUUUCUCUCCAAAGCUCACAAUCCGUCUUUCUUUGGAGACAGCAAUGUGCCACAAAAUAUCAGAAUGCUCAUUGAGAAUGGAGUAGCUGAUGCAAACAUUGCGAGAAUUCUUCGGAUCAGGACUCGGACAUUCCAGGUGCGUGACAUGGUGAGUUUAUUGGAGGAAUUAAAGGGUUUGGGGUUUAAUCCUUCGAAAACAACUUUUGGUGUAGCUAUGAUUGCGAAAACAUCGGUAACCAAAACCACGUGGAAGGAGAAAGUUGAUGCCUUUAACAAUUUGGGUUGGUCUCAUGAAAAUGUCAUUCAAGCAUUUAAAAGGCAACCUCCUGUAUACUUCCAUCCGUAA